UUCCCUUCUCUCACUCUCAACCCGCUUUAAAGAGAUGGAUACUCUCUAUGUCUCGUCACACCCCGAGGACUUUCGGAGUCUGCUGGCUCUGAUCGCGGCUGAAUACGCCUCUGCCUCUCCGCGGGCUCUCGCACAAGACCCACCGGCCCAGGUGGCCAAAUCCCGCCCGGCGCUGGUCCUGGGAGGAAACGGUGAGGUUCUGACCGGUGCCAGUGCCGUGAGCUGGUACCUGGCGUCGUCAGGGAAGCGGGCGGGCGGGAGCCCUCGGGAGGAGAGCGAAGUGUGGCAGUGGUUGAGCUUCGCCGAAAACGAGCUGACGCCAGUCGCAUGUGCCGUGGCUUUUCCCCUGCUGGGCGUGAUGGGAGUGGACAAGAAGCUGCAGCAGAGUUCUCGAGCAGAGCUCCUGCGCGUUCUGAAGGCUCUAGACAAGGCUCUAGAACCGCGGACGUUCCUCGUUGGGGAGAGCCUGACUCUGGCGGACAUGGCUGUUGCCAUGGCAGCACUGUUGCCGUUUAAAUAUGUAUUGGAGCCAGCAGACAGGCAGUCUCUGGUGAAUGUGAACAGGUGGUUUGUGACAUGUAUAAAUCAGCCACAGUUCCUCAAAGUAUUGGGUCAGAUCGCACUGUGUGAGAAAAUGGUUCCUGUUACCCCCAAAUCCAGCACUUCCCCAAACACACCCACAUCUGCUACAACUGCCCCAGCCAAUGCUGCUGCUCCCAACGGUCCUCCUAAAACUGAAGCUCAGCUGAAGAAAGAGGCCAAGAAACGAGAGAAGAUGGAGAAAUUCCAGCAGAAGAAAGAGAUGGAGGAGAAGAAGAAGAAAAUGCAGACUCAGACAGAGAAAAAAGCCAAACCGGAGAAGAAGGAGCUUGGAGUGAUCACCUACAACGUCCCCACUCCACCCGGGGAGAAGAAAGAUGUGAUGAGUCCCUUGCCGGACGCGUACAGUCCUCAGUAUGUGGAGGCAGCGUGGUACCCGUGGUGGGAGAAACAGGGAUUUUUUAAACCUGAGUACGGGCGGAAGAGUAUCAGUGAACCAAAUCCGCGUGGGAUCUUCAUGAUGUGUAUCCCUCCACCUAACGUGACCGGAUCUCUUCACCUUGGCCAUGCCUUAACCAACGCCAUUCAGGACAGCCUCACGAGAUGGCACAGGAUGCGAGGGGAAAUGACUCUGUGGAACCCAGGCUGUGAUCACGCUGGCAUCGCCACGCAGGUCGUCGUGGAGAAAAAACUGAUGAGGGAGAGAGGGAUGACCAGACACGACCUUGGACGAGAGAAGUUUAUCGAGGAGGUGUGGAAAUGGAAGAACGAAAAAGGAGACCGGAUCUACCACCAGCUGAAGAAACUGGGUUCGUCUCUUGACUGGGAUCGAGCCUGCUUCACAAUGGACCCUAAACUGUCGUACGCUGUGCAGGAGGCUUUUAUCAGGCUCCAUGAGGAGGGCGUCAUCUACAGGAGCAAAAGACUCGUCAACUGGUCCUGCACCCUCAACUCUGCCAUCUCAGACAUAGAGGUGGAUAAGAAGGAGCUGACAGGCAGGACUCUGCUCCCAGUGCCCGGGUACAAAGAGAAGGUGGAGUUUGGAGUGCUGGUGUCUUUCUCUUACAAGAUAGAGGGAUCAGAUGAGGAGGUUGUCGUGGCGACCACGCGUAUUGAGACCAUGCUCGGAGACACAGCGGUGGCUGUCCAUCCCAGUGACCCCAGAUACCAGCACCUGAAAGGAAAGACAGUGAUCCAUCCGUUCUGUGACCGGAAGAUGCCUGUGGUGUUCGAUGACUUUGUGGACAUGAACUUUGGAACAGGGGCGGUGAAGAUCACUCCUGCUCAUGACCAUAAUGAUUACGAGGUGGGAGUCAGACACGACCUGGAGUUUAUCAACAUCCUGGAUGAGAACGGGCUCCUCAUCAACGUUCCUCCGCCUUUCCUGGGUAUGAAGCGUUUUGAAGCGAGGAAGGCUGUCCUAAAGGCACUGAAGGAUAUGGGCCAGUUUAAAGACAUCAGAGACAAUCCUAUGGUUGUACCUGUGUGCAGCCGGUCUAAGGACAUCGUGGAGCCCCUGUUGAAGCCGCAGUGGUAUGUGAACUGUGCAGAUAUGGGGAAACAGGCGGCAGAUGUUGUCAGACAGGGUCAUCUGAAGAUCAUACCAGAUCACCACCUCAAAACAUGGUUCAACUGGAUGGACAACAUCAGGGACUGGUGUAUCUCUCGACAGCUCUGGUGGGGUCACAGGAUUCCCGCAUAUUUUGUCACUGUGAACGACCCGUCAGUCAAACCAGGAGAGGACAUGGACGGUCAUUACUGGGUCAGUGGGCGUUCUGAGUACGAGGCGAGAGAGAAAGCAGCCAAGCGAUUCAAUGUCACAGCGGACAAGAUCUCCCUCAGACAGGAUGAGGACGUGUUGGAUACAUGGUUCUCCUCCGGAAUCUUCCCGUUCUCCAUCUUUGGCUGGCCUAAUGAGUGUGAGGACCUCAGGGUGUUUUACCCAGGCACUCUGCUGGAGACAGGUCAUGACAUUUUGUUCUUCUGGGUGGCACGGAUGGUAAUGAUGGGCCUCAAACUCACUGGCAAACUCCCCUUCAAAGAGGUUUAUCUGCAUGCAGUGGUAAGGGACGCCCACGGCAGGAAGAUGAGCAAAUCUCUGGGAAAUGUCAUAGACCCACUGGAUGUCAUUACUGGAAUCUCUUUGGAGGGUCUCCAUGCUCAGCUGCAGGACAGUAAUCUGGACCCGGUCGAGAUUGAGAAGGCCAAACAAGGACAGAAAUCGGACUACCCCAGUGGAAUCCCUGAGUGUGGAACAGAUGCACUCAGAUUUGCCUUGUGUGCAUACACCAGUCAAGGCCGGGACAUUAAUCUGGAUGUAAACAGGAUUCUGGGCUACAGGCAUUUCUGUAAUAAACUGUGGAAUGCAGUGAAGUUUGCCAUGAGGACUUUAGGAGAGGGAUUCGUACCAUGGGACCAAGCACAGCUGUGUGGGCGCGAGGGCGUGGCUGACAGGUGGAUUCUGUCCCGUUUGUGUGCGGCUGUCUCUCUCUGUGGUAGCGGGUUCGAGGCGUAUGAUUUCCCAGGAAUCACCACAGCCAUCUAUAACUUCUGGCUGUAUGAGCUGUGUGACGUCUACUUGGAGUGUGUGAAGCCAGUGCUGAGUGGCGCAGACGCAGGGCAGGCAGACGUCUGCAGACAAACUCUCUACACCUGUCUGGAGGUGGGACUCCGCCUCCUGUCUCCCCUCAUGCCCUUCGUCACCGAGGAACUCUUCCAGCGGUUGCCACGGCGACGGCCUCAGGAUGCCCCUCCCAGCAUCAGCGUUACGUCCUACCCAGAGACCUCAGAGUUCUGUUGGCACAGUGAGGAGGUGGAUCGGCAGAUGGAGUUUGUGAUGACUGUGGUCAGAACCAUCCGCUCGCUGAGAGCUGACUACAACCUGACCAAAACACGGGCCGACUGUUAUCUGCAGUGUGUAGACUCUGAUACUGUGGGUCUGGUACAGAAAUACCAGAUGCAGAUUCAGACGCUCUCGUACUCUCAGUCCAUCCACGCCGUUGCCGGGGGCGACAGCGCUAUCCCACAAGGCUGCGCUGUGGCCAUUGCCUCUGAUAAAUGCACCGUCCACCUCCUGCUCAAGGGUCUGAUUGACACGGAGAAGGAGGUGGCCAAGCUGACGGCCAAGCGGGGCGAGCUGGAGAAACAGGUGAAGAAACUGGAGGAGAAAAUGGCCAAGAACGACUACAAGGAGAAAGUUCCGCUGAAAGUCCAGGAGCAGGAUGCCGAGAAGAUGAGGCAGACACAAGCAGAGCUGCAGAAAGCAAUGGAAGCCAUUGAGAACUUUAGAAGGAUGAUGUAACCAAGCCCCACCCACCUGCUGUAUGCUCUAGACUGUGAUUGGUUAGGUUUUCACUGAACCUGUCUCCACCCCCUCCCCCUCCCUUUCUGUUUAAAGAUAUGACCUUUGUGACUUUAUGUAAUGGAUCACUGUAUGAGGGAGAUUUGCUUUAAUCAUUAAAUAAUUAAAG